AUGAGUGCCGUGUCCGGGCGAGCCACUCCGGGCCCACAACACGACUCGACUGCAUGCGCCGUAUGGAACGAUUUGGCUCUCCCCAUCGAAGUGAAGACAGAUGUUGGCUGGCAGGUACUGUACCCAACUCGGAGCAUCUGCUUGGAGGGGAGCUUGGUGGAGGUCCGGCUGCGAGAAGAUGUCCAGCUGCAGGGCAGCUGCCCUCCGGCUCGUCAGCUGUGUGCUUCAUGGAGCUUCGGGGAAUUCAGCACAGAGGCGAGGCGGCGGCAAGAACUCGACAAGCUGGAGGUCAAGCACGAGGCGAACCGAAAGAAGGCAGCAAAGGCUCGCCAAAUGGACCAGCUUGAGCAAGCUGUCAAGGCAAAGUGGGACGAGGACUCGCGAGCUGCAAGAUGUCACUGUAUGUUACUUGUCCUCGCAGUGGCCAUUGUGGCGACAUGUGCCAUGGUCCCACCAGGAUCUGCCGUUGUAGCUGCCCUCCUAAGCAGCGCGGUGUUUGUGUCAUGCUGCUUUAUCACAUAUGAUGCAGGCAAGCUUGCUGCUGAUAAUGGCUGGAGGAUCUCACCCGGCGACAUUUGCUUUGCUCGUGGCCGUUUAAGAUUUUGCACCGUCCUCAGCUGGAUGUUGGGCCUCCUUGGCCUGAUCAUCUUGACCCUACGUCACUCGUUCGAUGGCUUCUGGUGGACCUCCCUCAUCACGUUGCCCGCAUACUGCUUUGGCUGCAACUGUCUCCGAAAGAUGUGCUAUGGGGAUGAAGUCGUUGGAGUGAAUGUGUCGUAUCUGACCCGUGCACACCAGCAGUCCGCUGAGCAUGAGCUAUUAAGGAAAUUGAGGAACAUCGAGUUCAAUGGAUCGGUGCUUAAAGGCCGUGGUCGUGCUUGCGUUUGCUCAUGGCCAGGCAGAUAUGCUGGUGCUUGGGACGCCCUGGUCGACGCGAGCGUUGGUGGCGAAGUCAGUGCAGCUGUGGUUUUUCUGCCAGAUGGCACGGAGGAGUACGGCGUGCAUGAUGCCAUCCCUCCACACGAAAACCUCGAAGGCAGGUGCUGGUGCACACCCUUGUAUGGAGAAGAGAAACCAUGGGGUUGCCGAUGGUUCAGCAAAUGGAAAGCAAACAUCGAAGAGGCUGUGGAGCAUGGGGCUGAGUUGCACGUCUAUUUCUGCCAAGGCCGCCUGGGCCAAGGGAGGGUCAAGGAGUUUCACACCGCCGGCGAGGAGAACCUACGGCGGGAGAUGCUGAAUUCCAAGCGCAAAGACUUCGAAGGCUCCCUGGACUUCCAGACAGCGUCUCAGUCGGGACUUAACUUAUUGCAGGUGGAGCCACGGGGAGAUGGGUCCUCUCAGUACAGCCGGGAGCUACAGCGGCUUUUCUGGGCUUCACUUCCACCGGAGGAUCGCGAGUUCUUGGAGGCGUCUGAGGGCCUCGGCGCUUCGCAGAAGGCGGAGGUGGCCUGGCUCGAGAGGAAGGGUUACCCUUACUUCCCCCUGGACGUCUCGACCUGGCUUGAACGAGACGACGGUGUCAUGUACCCCAAGACCCACAUCGAUGUCAUGUGCGUCUGA